CAGAAACUACGAAAUAAAUACAUUUACAUAGAUGUUGCAAAAAUCAAGAGAAUCGAAGCUCCGCCCAUGGAUUCCCGUAACCCUCUCUGUAGAUUUGCGUAUCCUGUCAGUGAGCUAGCACUUUCGGAUCAGCGACCCCAUGUUUCUGGACGCCAUCUUCUUUAUACCCACACUAUUCACUUACCUGCUCAUCGGACUGCUAAUCGUCAUCCUGUGCUUCGUGGUGGUCUAUAUAAGCCACAAGAUCUAUGUAUCCGUCUACGACAACCUGCCUCUGGCCGCUUUGCCCGGCAACUCACGCCAACAGCUCCUGGGUCUGCGUCACUCCAAUCAUGCGAUGACCAUACGGGAAUACCUGGACACCUCGCUCCGCAGUCCACGCUCCAACCAGCCGAGCUUACGCUCCGUUUGGAUUCAGAACAGGUCCCAGAUCUUGGAGACCUCUUCGGUCCUGCGUAUAGUUCUCUCCCUGGAGCCUUGCUAUCUGGUCAGCGCCGAGUUCGAUGUGAGCUCCAGCCGAAAGGCCAUCAGUUUCUUGUGCAACUGCCGGGAUCAGCCCGUGUGUGCUGCCGCAGAACCGAGGCCUGGGUCCUUACACAUAGUGCGGUUCUAUGACCACCUCUCCAAGAUCCCGCGCCUCAAAGUCAUGCUCAAGUGCACCCAAAGGCGGCCGGACGCGAGGCCUGAUAGUCGGACACAGUUGACCCUCGACGACGUGAUUCAGGAGGCCAAGGAUAACCAGGAUGCCCGGUGCACGGAUAACGCCGCCGCCUGCCGACCUGGCUCCUCACGACGGAACUCCCGGAUACCGGAUUAAAGGGUGUGGCCAUUGGAUAGGGGCAUGCGUCCGCUGUUCUAGCCAGCUUUUGCGGUAUAACUUGUUUUAUUAAAUUCCAUUCAAAGAUCAAUGAGCUGGAGGCUACAGGGUCGACGGGUGGUUCAGUGGGUCGGGGACUGUGGGACUGAGCCCACGCUAGUUUACGAUAAUCGCGUGACAACGAAGGUGAAAGCCAGCGGAACAGGGGCGUGCACAUGUAUGGUCGAGUAGAGGUGUAGGCGCCACUUUUCAGGGCAGUGUUAAUUUUUAUUUCUAUUUUGUUUUCUGGGUUUAAGUAUUUACCAGCUACUACAGCAGGAAAUUCAAAUUUUCAGCCUAUUUUUCUUAUUAAUGCAUUCAAUAUCAAUUUUAAUUUUCCAUUCGUUCUGCAUGC